CUCAAAACACAGAUCACAUCAGAAUUAACUAUAGUAAACUGCUGACGAAAAACAAAUAUUUGACACGACAAAUUAAUUUUGAUGAAUUAACUUUUUUACUUAAAAGUGCUAGCAUAAAGUGAAUUUUUUUACGCAUUUGUGAAACAUAAAAGUCUAAAAUGACUGCAAAAACUAAAGCGUCGGGAAGCGCGUUCCACUCGAUUUGGCUGCAGUUGCAAAGUCUCCUCAACACUAUCAAUCACAUUUUAAUCGCACUAGUUGGCCUCUACUUCACAGUCUUGGGACGCAGUCUAAACUUCCAAGACACCGCAAUGCAUGCCUUUCUAACCGUCAUUGGGUACCAUGUCCUGAUGGCCGAAGCGCUGAUGUCACAUUAUCCAAUCAACUUCGUAACGAAUCGUUUCACUCACCGUACUAAAUCAAAAAUUCACGGUGUCAUACAAUUGUUGGGCGGUGCGAUGGCUCUGCUGGGCUCCAUUGGUAAAAUCUCGCAGACGGAAGUGCACUUCACCACGUGGCAUGGCAAAAUAGGUCUUGCUGCCACAUUGCUCUGCUUCGUGAAUCUUAUCGGCGGCACCGCCACUUAUUUUCAACCAAAGUUCAUACAGAAAUCGCAUCCACCGGCAGUGUUGAAAUUCAGACACAAUUUAUCUGGCAUGGUCGCCUUUACGCUGGGCAUGUUGGCCAUCUUCCUUGGCUACCGCACAAAGUUCACUUAUAAAUAUAUGGAUCCGGAAUUUAUUGUAGUCUUAAGUUUGGCGACGGUUUUGGUGUAUAUCUUCACCAUGAUUGCGCCGAUGCGUUCCUUCUUAGGUAAACUUAGAUAUCGGAAACAGCAUUUAUAAGUAUUUACCCACUUGCUGGUACUCAGUAUGCUUAAGUCAUAGUUUAUUUGACGGUAAUUAGUAAAUUUGUUGUUCUUUAAUUAAUUUUACUUCCGUUAUUCAGCCUUGCCAAUAACUAUACAAAUAAGUUAAAAUUAUGGUGAUUAAUAAACGCUUAUAUUU